UAUCAUGUGCAGUCAUCUUGAUAAGAACAUAAAUCAGUCCUUUACCGUUUACCAUGGCAGAGACGGCGGAUGUUCUGAAGAUUUUGUAUUUUCUGAUUCUUCCCGCUGUAAUAUAUUCCGAUACUGGGGUUUCUCACGGUUGUGGAGGACAUGGUUACUUGACAUCCAAUAAUGGUCUGAUACACAGCCAGAACCAGGGCUCACAGAAGUACCAAAAUAACGCGGAUUGCUCGUGGCGGAUCCACGCUCCAGUGGGAAAGGUUAUCAGACUGACGUCGACCAGGUUCAACGUAGAGCCCGAUUCCUCGUGCAGUUACGACUAUUUGAAUGUAUAUGAUGGGUCGAAUACGGGGGCAAAGCUAAUGGGAAGUUUUUGCGGACAGAGACAUCUAAAUCUUGUUUCAUCCGGACAAAACAUGUUCCUAGAAUUCAUAACGGACGACAGCGAUGUGUUCAGAGGGUUCGAGCUAUCUUACAGAUUUGUCCAGCGAUCUGAUAGCUGUGGUGGUCAAGAUUUCCAAUGUCAGAACCACAAGUGCGUGGACUACUCAUGGUUGUGUGAUGGCGAUAACGAUUGUGGUGACGGAAGCGAUGAAGCCACGUGCAUUACCACCCCUACGUUUUCUGGAUCAGGCACGGUUCAUCCAAUUUCCUCUGGUCUGUGCCAGACAGAUGAGUUUUCGUGCCCAGACCACACGUGUAUUCCUCAAAGAUGGCGAUGUGACGGUGACAAUGAUUGUGGAGAUAGUAGUGAUGAGCAAAAUUGUGGAAUUUCAACUGUAUCUACCAUUCCACCAGCUCUCUCGUCCGGAUGCGGAAGUCCAAGCAGACAGACUGGCAUGCUGGGAAGUUUCCAUAGUCUAAAUUAUCCAUCACAAUAUGAUAUGAACAUGAAUUGUCGAUGGGAGAUCAACGUCCCAACCGGCAUGCAUAUCAAACUGAUUUUCGCGGACAAGUUUGGAAUAGAAGACAGUGAGAACUGCAAUUAUGAUAGAGUCACGAUCUAUAAUGGAAACCAAAACAAUCUAAUCGGAAGGUACUGUGGUUCAAGUCACCCUGACACAAUGGUUUUGUCCAGUAAUCACGUCGUUGUGAAUUUUAUCAGUGAUGGCAGCAACGAGGAACUAGGGUUUCUCAUACACUGGUCAGCAACAAAUGAAUCUGUAUUGAUCCCCGGAGAUUCUCACACCACACCGGCACCGUCCGGGAUGAAUUGCACCAGAGACAUCUACAUCAACGAUAGCAUGACCGCUGGAACCAUUUCCUCUCCGAACUUCGGUGUCGGACUCCAGUAUCCGCCAAACUCCAGAUGUGUAUGGCGAUUUUUUGUGCCUUUUGGUUACGUCGUACACUUGGCAUAUACACAGUUUGGCGUCGAGAGUGGUCGAUCGUGCCCAUUUGAUUCUGUAACUGUGUUCGAUGGACAAUCUUCAACAGGAAGAAUGAUCGCUAAAAAUUGCGGAAACACACGCCCCGCCCCAGUUGUAUCCAAGACAAACGCCAUGUUUGUCAGCUUUGUUUCUGAUGGGACAACCCAAGACGUAGGCUUCAGAGCCACGUAUACUGCUGUGAAAGUCAAUGUAUCAACACAAACUUUCACCACGGACCACGCCUGUCAUGGAAGUACACCAGUUGUCCUCAAUAGUACCACAGGCAUAAUCUAUUCCGAGGGGUUUACUUUGGGAAUUAACUAUCCCGAUAAUAUCAACUGUAGAUGGCAUAUCAAAGCGCCAGCAGAUAAAGUCAUAACCCUCCAAUUUAAUUCAUUUUACUUGGAAAGAGAUCGCACCUGUCAAUAUGAUAACCUGCAGGUGCUAGAUGGACCGCUUGCCAGUUCCCCGCUCAUUGGAAAGUACUGUGGAAUUAAUUACCCACAAAAAGUGACCUCCACCACCACGGACCUUUACCUUAAAUUACACAGUGACGAAAGCGAGAAUGAUAUUGGAUUCAACAUAACAUAUACAAUACAUGAUCCGAUUCCUACUUGUUCACCCAAUGACUUCACAUGCAGUGACGGCAUGUGCAUUGACAGAAGCUCCGUCUGCGAUGGAAGAAAUGAUUGCGCCAGUGGCAAUGACGAGGUUUUGUGCAGUUCAAGUUGUGGGGUGCCAUCUAUUACGCCAUCUCUAGGUAACUCUCGAAUUGUUGGAGGUAAAGAAGCUACCCCAGGAAGCUGGCCAUGGCAGGUUUCCUUAAAGUACGGCUCAUUUAAGGACCACAUGUGUGGAGGAACCCUGAUCUCGGCACAGUGGGUUCUGACAGCCGGACACUGUUUUGAGGACGAUAGAUCCCCGUCUAGCUGGCAUGUGGGUUUAGGACGCCACCAUAUGAAUAAACAAGAUCCUUACGAGGUCGAGGUACGCGUUUCAAAGAUUCUGGUACAUGAAAAUUACGACGAGGACACCACGGAAAAUGAUAUCACUCUUAUAAAAUUGUCAGCCCCUGUGACGCUAAAUGAUCAUGUCAAUGUCGUCUGCUUACCCCAGCGAACCGUGACCAGCGGCCAACACUGCUACAUCACGGGAUUCGGCGACACCAUGGGAACCUGCUGUCGCGAUGUGUUAAAGCAGGCAGAAAUACCUAUAGUAGACGUGACAAAGUGUAACUCCACCAGAUAUACUGACGGCCAGGUGUUUAACACAAACAUAUGUGCUGGGUAUGACAAGGGAGGAGUGGAUACCUGUCAGGGCGAUAGCGGAGGUCCGUUGGUUUGUAACAUGGACGGGAAAUGGCAACUCGAGGGUAUAACAUCCUGGGGCGUGGGUUGUGCAGAUCCCAUGUCGCCUGGAGUGUACACAAAAGUGUAUAGCUACUUAAACUGGAUACAACAAACCAUUGUUCAAAAUUGAAACUGAACAACCAAAGUGAUGUAUAUGUAUUUUCAAAUAUUUCUAAUAAAUAUAUAGUGGGAA